UUUGACAGUUACUGUAGGAAAAGAUGCAGCGCUUCAACUGCAGCUCGACCUGAAUGAAAGCAGCUUCAAGUCUCGAGCAGUCUUUUGUUUUAUUUGUUAUCUUUUUUCCUACCAGUCAUUGUCAGGCUGCAUACCUUCAGAUUUUAAUACUGCGCAAAGCCGUGUCUUAUUUCAUUUAAAGCUGAGCUAACAUUCACAAUGACAGAAAUGAACAACAUGCCGGACGGUGACACGGCGGGUAAGGAUGCGGUGCCGGCGGAGGAGAAGCGGCCGGAGGAGGAGGAGGAGGAGGAGAGGAAAGAGAACGGGGACAGCAAAGUGAGUCCCCCGGAGAAACCCACGGCUCCUGCUGCCGCUGCACCGGAGGAGGUCGAGUUCGUGCACCCUGAAGGCGGCUGGGGGUGGGUGGUGAUGCUGGCUGCCAUGUGGUGCAAUGGCUCGGUGUUUGGGAUCCAGAACGCCUUCGGUAUACUCUUUUUGUCCCUCCUCCGGGAGUUUGGCUCCGAGAAAGAUCAAGACCUCCGCUUCAGGACAGCUUGGGUGGGCUCCCUCUCCAUGGGGAUGAUCUUCUUCUGCUCCCCCAUCGUCAGCGUCUUCACAGACGUCCUCGGCUGCAGAGUUACAGCAGUGGGUGGCGCUGCUGUCGGUCUGGUCGGCCUACUCGCCAGCUCCUUUGUCACGUCCCUGGGCCCCAUGUAUUUCACCUAUGGUUUUGUGUUUGCCUGCGGCUGCUCUUUCGCCUACCAGCCCAGCCUGGUCAUCCUGGGCCAUUACUUCAAGAAGCGCCUGGGCCUGGUGAACGGCAUCGUGACAGCGGGCAGCAGUAUCUUCACCAUCACCCUCCCUUUCAUUCUGUCACGCCUGCUGGAGGAGGUGGGCCUCCAGAACACCAUGCGUGUCCUCUGCAUCCUCAUGUUUGUGCUGCUGCUGGCUGGCUUCACCUACAAGCCCCUGCUGCCUGUUCAACCUUCCCAAACCCGCACCAGCCGGUUUCCACCCAUGAGCCAGAUCUUCAACAUCAACAUCUGGAAGUCUUUGGGAUAUCGCAUCUGGGCCUUCGGUAUCCCUGCAGCCCUUUAUGGCUACUAUGUGCCGUAUGUUCAUCUGAUGAAACAUGUGGAGGAGCGUUUCGGGGAAGACACCAGUAAAGAAGUUCUGCUCAUGUGCAUCGGCAUCACGUCGUGUGUGGGCCGCCUCAUCUUCGGCAUUGUGGCAGACUACGUUCACGGGGUCAACAAAGUUUACCUGCAGGUCUCCUCCUUCUUCGUCAUCGGCCUCAUGUCCAUGAUGAUCCCUCUGUGCAACAUCUUCGGUGGUCUGAUCGCCGUGUGCUUGCUGAUGGGGCUGUUCGACGGCUGCUUCAUCUGCAUCAUGGCCCCCAUCGCCUUCGAGCUGGUCGGGGCAAACAACGUGUCCCAGGCCAUCGGCUUCCUGCUGGGCCUGAUGUCUGUGCCCAUGACUGCUGGGCCUCCCAUCGCAGGCUUCCUGAGGGACAGACUGGGCAGCUACGACGUGGCCUUCUACCUGGCAGGCAUCCCCCCGCUCAUCGGAGGCGCCGUGCUGUGUCUGAUACCCUGGGUGGAGACCAGGCGCAGACGGCAGGAGAUGGAGGCGGCGGCUCUGAGCAAGGACCAAGGCGUCACCGAGAAGAUGAUGGAGAACGAGAAAGCUCAGGGAGACGCGGCGCCGUGCAAAACAGGAGAGUCCGUCCUCUAAGUGUCCCACUGAACAGACUGAAAGAGAGACACGGGAGGUCAGAGACUUCUGAGGACUGAGGUUCAGUUUGUGUGUUAUUUUUUGAAGAUUGUAACGGCGGCCCUUCAGUAGAAGCAUGCCUGAAUAUGCCAAAGUGAUGAAACAUAUCAGACAGAUUCGUAGGUUGAACUUUAACAUGAAUGUGAUGGAGAAGAACUAUGCAUUCAGUUGUUUUAAUCCAAAUGAAUUGAUAGUGCAGCAGCCGAACUUGAAGUUAAAAUGGAAAGAGUGGAAUCUGCACAUUUUAACACAAGGGAAAGAAGGCGUGCUGUGCUUCGUAUUAAUGCAACACUUUCAGAUUGCACUCUUAAGGUAGACUAUCAUUCUCUGUGAUCCGUUUUGAAAGGCUUAAAUGUAGACAUAUAAAGACCACAUCCAAUUACACCAAAGGUGAGCUGCUGCUGGUUCAAUCAAUA